UGCAAUAGCACAAAAUUCCAUUCGAGCACCGUCAGGCCUCAGACAGAAUAUUCAUCUAUUGAAUUCAUUUUUUGGCACCGGCCAAAAUAGUUUUUGAUCGACCAAUCGACCAUCGCCAACGAAAAUCGUGGCACAAUUGAACAAAGCAAACGAUCCAGCUGUGACAGUCAAGCCGGCAGUCAUUCAACGGAUCGUAAUGGAAAAUCCCCCAUGUCCUCAAGAUGAUGUAGCGAACAGUCGAGAGUAGGGGCCUAUGCUUCGAUUUUGUUCGCUCAGGAGUGUGUAAAAUAAGCGACACUCUAAAUAAGAAGUGCGUUUACAGCCACGAUUUAGACUUGGCAUUGGAAAGUGUUCAUUAUUUGUGCAAUAAGAAGUUUAACAUAAAAUUACCCUAUCAAUUGGUAUGUUGCAUGGCGAACAUCAAUUUGCCUCUAAACAAAACUUUGAAUGAACCCCUUGGAGUGAGGAUAGUCGGAAUAGUUGUCAAAGCCAUUGUGAUGGGUAACCGACAGGAAUAUAUUUCAAUUGCCUUGGAAAUACUGUGUGAUAGAAAAUUGCCGUUGAUUCCUGAGUUCGUGGAUGCAGUUAUAAAACAAACACCAGUUUCUUCGGCGUCUGUGAAUCACCUUGUGAGUCUUUAUGAACGAUGUCAAUCCGUCGAUUCUUAUUAUAAGAUGUCACUAUUCUCAUUUUACAAAGUCACGGCAGUUCUCGUUGAUCAUUGGGAACCACCCUUGAAUAAAUGGGAAUUUAUUUGCAGUGUAGUCGAGUUAGUAUUUUCAAACUACCCGGAAUCCUAUGACAUCCUCUCUCCAACUGCCCGGCCGUCAUAUGAGGUGCUGUGCUUCUUAUUUGGCAAAGCAUGUGAUCAAUUAAGACUUGAACGAUUGUGUCGUUUAUUUAAUGGGAUUGAGCCACCUGUCAUUGCACUACUAGGACCAGAGAAACGUCAUGAAAUACUCAAUAGGUUAAGGAACUUUGGUUUGGUGCACUGGUACGACAGAUACGCGGGGAUUCGCCGCCCUGUGGAGGGCGAGAUUCGUGCGAUGCCUAAUUCGUUUCGACCAACGUAAAGAAAUAACUACUAGGUCCACUAUAAAUUAAAGAACUCGUUUUGAUGACUUUUGUAUCUCUUAGGCAAUCGCAGCCAAAUAAAUUUGAAAUUGAAAUCCA